AGGAAGGCGGUGACGGAGCCCGGUGACGGAGCCCGGUGCCCGCGGCGCCGCUGCUGCCAUGGUGCUGUGCGACGUGUGCGGCCGGGCCCUGCCCUCCGAGGCGGCGGCCGGGCGGCACCCGCCGCGCCCGUCCCUGUGCCGCCGCCAGCCCCGCUGCCCGCUCUGCGCCGCCGCCGUGGGCUGUGAGGAGCUCCGGCGGCACAUGGACACGGCCCACCUGGAGCCGGGCUCCCGCCGCCCCGGGGCGCCGGCCCAGUGCCCGUUCUGCGGAGAGGCGGCGGGGCGGGAGCUGGAGGAACACGUCAGGGCGCGGCACGGGGACCUGCUGGGCGCCCUCGGGACGGACUCAGGAAAUGGUGAACAGCUGUAUGAAUGUCCUAUGUGUAGUCUUACCUGUACAAACAUUCAGAUUCUUGAAGAACAUGUGGAUUUACACUUAGAGGAACAUAACUUUUCAGAAGGUGGAGACAUGGGAGAUCUGGAACUGGCUCAGCAGCUCCAAACUGAAGAAGAUGAACGGCAGAGAUCAGAAGAAGAGAAGCGAGAGAGAGAAGAAUUUGAAAAGCUGCAGAGACAGUAUGGCUUGGAUAAUUCUGGUGGCUUCAAGCAGCAAUUUCUAAAGAAUAUGGAAAGAGAAGUUGAUAGAGGAAGGAUGCAGCCCUUUGAAUAUCAUAAGAGAAAAGCUGACAUGAUGGAAAGUUUGGCUUCUGGUAUAGAUGAUGGGAGGACCAAGACAUCAGGAGUCAUUGAAGCAUUGUGCAAGUACUAUCAGAGUGAGAACAAAGAUGUGAGGCGUGUGUGGCUUUCAGCAGGAGUAGAUCACUUCCACUCAUCUUUGGGUGACAGAGGCUGGGGUUGUGGUUACAGGAAUUUCCAAAUGCUCCUUUCCUCACUGUUGCAAAACAGCUUCUACAAUGACUGCCUGAGAGAUACUACACUAAUUCCUAGUAUCCCAAAGAUACAGUCCAUGAUUGAAGAUGCCUGGAGAGAAGGUUUUGAUCCUCAGGGGGCAUCUCACUUCAACAACAGAUUACAUGGUUCCAAAGCAUGGAUAGGAGCAUGUGAAAUUUAUUCACUCUUAACCAGUCUCAGGAUAAAGUGCCAAAUCAUUGACUUUCACAAACCCACUGGCCCUAUGGGUACACACCCUCGCUUGUUUGAGUGGAUUUUGCAUUACUAUUCUGCAGAUAAUGAAGGUGGUGCAAAGGUGGUGUGUACUUCCAAACCACCAAUAUACUUGCAACAUCAAGGUCACAGUCGUACUGUUGUUGGAAUAGAGGAGAAGAAGAACAGAAGCUUAUGUUUGCUACUGUUUGACCCAGGAUGUUCUUCCCAACAAAUGCAGAAACUGCUGAAACAAAACAGUGAUGGAGCUGGUCUCAGACUACUUCGGAAAUUUGUGGGUAGCCUGAAAGAAAAGCAGUAUCAGAUAGUGGCUGUAGAUGGGGUGCUCUCUUUGGAAGAGAAAGCUGCUCGCUGCCGUGCUUCUCAGGUCUUAACAUCAGAGAAGAUUCCUUAAAGGAUACCUUUUAACCUGCUUCUGAAACUUGCUAGGUGCAAAACAUUAAACUUCUGGACUGUGACCUUAACCCAACAAUUUUUAGACUUAAACUGUGUCUCCAUAAAUGCGCGGGAGCUCUGGGAAAGCACAACACUGGAGUAAACCUGUAGUUUUUGUGUUCAGUCAAAACUCUGGCAUCCUGAUACAAAUGUAACUGUGAAAUAUACUGGUCCUUGUCUCACCAGAAAAUUUGUUAUUUUCUUAGUUGCAUAGAAUUAGCAACACCUGCUGUCUUGUAGCAAAUUAUGCACUGUUGGUAAUCAGCAGUGGAUAAAGAUACUAUGGAACUACUUCAUUGGAGUCCCUGUCAUGGUUUACCUCUGUAAAUGUGUUUGUGCUGCCACUGUGACCAGUCCUCUGUUUCUUUACAAUUCAGUCUGUUGCACCAGGGAUUAAUUUACCAGUAAACUUCUUUUCAAUUAGCUGGCUUCUCUAGAUGUAUCACUUGAAUACAUGUGCUUAGGAGGUGGAUCAGUGUUGGCAUUGGCUAAGAAGUCUAACAAAGCAGUGUCAGUGUCCAAAAUAGUGUGUAUGUGCUUUAAGUGCUGUGCAAGACAAUUCUUUGGGGUAGAGGAAGAAAAUAUUCCU